CAUAAUUUAUCGAUAAUUUCGCGUCGGAUCGGCGUCGCGUUGAAUGUUUGCGAAAAAUUGUCGGAAAAUUGAGGAAAAUAUGCAAUUUCCCAGUGCCAAGUAGCGAGGGCCACCGUAGAGCAGUGAAAACCAGCACAAAUAACAGUGGUUCUACCGCAUAGCCGGCUUUUCAAGCGUUGGCCACAAACAAAUCGAAAGAAAAAAAACCUCUUUCCCCUUUUACCUUUGUGUGUGUGGGUGUGUGUGUGUGUGCCGUGCGUCCCGUGUGCGUGUGCCUGAGCCAGUGCCUGUGUGUGUGUGUGUACCAGCGAGCGAGCGCGUGUGUGUAUGUAAAGAAAACGCCGCACACUGCGAAAAUUUUCCUUUCCCAACGGUCGAGAAUAACCGCUAAAAUUGUGGAAAAACAGGAGAAAACCCCGAAGCGGAAGAAGAAGACUGCAGCCAGUAAAAUGUCUGCAGUUUAUUCGCCGCAACCGCCGCAGCAGCAGCAGCCGCAACAGCAGCAGCAACUGCAGCAGCAGCCUCCCCCGCCACAACAACAACAACAGCAGCAGCAGCAGCAACAACAAUUGCAACAACCGCCACCCAAUUCCGCGCCCAAUCAACAGCCACCCGGAUCCGGAGUUGGCCCCGGCGGAGGUGGGGGAGUAGGCGGGGUCGGAAUGGGCGGACCCGGCGGUGGCGGCGUCGGUGUCCUGCCCAUGAGCAUGCAGCAGCAGCAGCAACGUCCGCCCAUGGGCGUGCCCGGAUCCCCGGGCAGCAUUAUCUCCGGCGGCGGUCUAAUGGUCACCCCACCGUCCACACCACGCGGCGGCCAAUCCAAUCUCCAGGGCAUCGGCGGCGUCGGUGGAGGAGGAGUCGGCGGCGGCGGCGGUGGCCUGCCGCCGCAAGUCAACUCGGCGCAGAUACAAAAGAUGCUCGACGAGAACUGCGGCCUCAUCCAGACGAUCCAGGACUUCCAAAGCAUGGGCAAGGCGCAGGAGUGCAUGUCCUACCACGUCGCCCUGCAUCGCAAUCUGGUCUACCUCGCCCAGCUGGCCGAUCCCGCCAUGAACAUCUCACAAAUACUGCCGCCGCCGCACAUCCUCCAGACGCAGGCGAUGCAGCAGGGUGGCCAGCAGACCCCGCCGACUGGACCGCACGGAAUGUUGGGUGGUCCGCCGCAGCAACAGCAGCCGGGACAGGGACCAGUGCCUGGUCAACCGGGCCAGGGUCCGCCGCAAAUGGGCAUGCAGCAGCACGGCGGCGAUCCCCAGGGACCUCCCGUCCAGAUGCAGCCCUACGGCGCCCAGCAGCAACAGCAGCCGCAGCCACAUCCAGGACUGCCGCCCGGUGCACAACAGCAAUCUCAGCAACAGCAGCAGCAGCAACAACAACAGCAGGCAGCAGCGGCGGCGGCAGCAGCAGCAGCGGCAGCGGCCGCAGCAGCCGGCCAACAGCAGGGCCCUCAGGUCAGCCAGGCGGGUCCGCAGUCCCAGCAGCAGCAGCAUCCCAUCUACCGCAAUGCCCAGGGCCAGGGCCAACCGGGAGCCGGCCAGGGACCUGGUCAGGGUCAGGGACCGGGUCAGUCCGUCAUCAAUCCGAAUGCAGCGCCCAAUCAACAGCGUCCCAACAAUGGACCUCUGCCCGGACCCCAGAAUCCCCAGCAGCAGCAACCGCAGCCCGGUGGCCAACAACCGCCCAACCAGCAGCAGCAGGGCGGUCCCGGUGGCCCAGGACCACAGCCCGGAGCCGGAGGACCCGGCGUACCGCCGCCACAGGGUCCGUAUCGCGUCAGCUAUCAGCAGCAACAGCAGCAGCAUGGACACUAUCCCGGCUAUCCGCCGCAGCCGCAGACGCAAUACCAGCCGCAGGGCGCCUAUCCCUACGGACCGCCAACCCAGGGUUACGGGCCACCGCCUCCUGGGCCACCGAACGCAGCCCAGGGUGGCUACCAUCACGGUCCAGCCGGUGCGGCGACGGGAGCCAGUGGACAUGGUUAUCAGCCGAAUGCCGGCGCCGGCCAAGGACCACCGCCGGGCGCAUAUCCUCCGCCACCGGGCAGCCAGCAGGUUCCUCCGGUGCCGGGACAGCAGCAACCGCCGCCAGGACCACCGCCACCUGGACAACCGCCGACCGGUGGACAGCAACCACCACCGGGUCCGCCGCAGAGUCAAUACGGUCCGCCGCCGCAGAAUUCCGCUGGAGGACCGCCCCCUAUGGGCUAUGCGGGCUAUCCCCCAAAUCCCGGACAGUAUGGUCAGGCGGGAGCGGGAGGAGGACCACCACCAAGUGGCUAUUGGCCACCGCCGCCGCCCACGAGCAGCGGUCAGAGUCCCUAUCAGGCCUAUCAGCAGCAGCAGGCGGCCGGUGGCGGCGGAGCGGGUGCUCCGCCAGGCAGUAGCUAUCCGGGCGGACCACCGACAAGCGGGGCAGCGCCACCGCCACCGCCGGGAGGAGCGUACAGCACCACGGCGCCGAGUCAGACGCCACCGCCCCAAGGAGGCGGCGGAGCUGGCGGAGGCAACACCAAUCCCAAUGGACCCAACGCACAGCAAUCGACGCCGCCGCCGCAAGGAGGAGCUGGCGGUGGAGGAGGGCCCAGUGGACCUGGUGGCGCUGGACAGCAAUAUGCGGGACCACCGCAGCAACAACAACAGCCGCCGGGUGUGGUGGUUUCCGGUGUGGCGCCGCUGCCAACGCAAGUGCAACCCACAUACUCGACGCCGGGCAACUACAAUCAACAACCCGGUGGACCGCCGCCGCCCAAUCAGCAGCAGCAGCAGCAACAACAGCAGCAGCAACAGGCACCCCCAUCGGCCGGAGGAUCGGCGGGCGGCGGAGGAGCACCGAAUGCCCAGGGCCAGGGCAGCCAACAACCGCCGCCGAAUGGAGCCACACCGCCGAUGCCACCAAAUCAAUACCAACCGGCGCCUGGAGCACCACAAGGUCCGUACGGGGGACCGCCACCACCACAGGCCUACGGACCACCGCCGCCGGGAAGCGCAUAUCCCGGACACGCGUACCAUCAACCACCCCAGGCCGGUGGCUAUGCACAAUAUCCGCCCACGCAGGGCUACCAGGGCUAUAGGCCCGCCGGGGCACAGAUGCCGCCACCAGGAGCACCACAAGGGCCACCACCCACCGGCGCAUACGGUUACUACAGCCAACAACCGCCUCAAUGAGGAAGGGAUAGCCUAUUACCGCCGCUGCCACCUGGCUGUCUCCACAACAAGUAAUUCUCCACUGGGACUCGCUGGUUGAAGCUGGUGAGGAUUCACAGGUUGACCACCAGCAGAUGCCUUGCAAUUCCGAGAGGAUUGAACCAGUUGGAGAAGGUUGUGCAGCGGGAGUAAUAGCUUAACACGAUGAAGAAGAAGAGAAGUAAGAGGAGCGGGAAACGGGCAGACGAAAAAGAUUGAGAUAAACUAGGCAUAUGAUUAAGAAUUGUAUCAGAAGUGGAGCAGGAGGAGGACUACGAUUAGAGCUAAGAGUAGAAGCCGCAAAAGAUGAUGAUGUAGAGGUAGGAUUACGAAUAGGGGAAAGAGAGGAGUAAGCAUAAGACUAAAAGAAGUAAGAACGCAGAAGUUUAGAUGAAGAACCGAGGUGAAAAUUCAGGAUUCCCAAACAAAAGCGGCAAUUCCCUCGAAUUUUAAUAGAGUUGACAAAAAGAAAAAUGGCGUAGAAGUUUCGGUGAUACAAAGCAGAUGGAUAAGACACACUCGACAAAGUAGCACAAAAGCAUAGAAGCAAGGAAGCGAACCGAAACAGUAGAUCUAGAUUCUAGAACAAGAAGAACACGAAGUGUAGUCCGUCGAUAGGGAAGCGACUUAGAAUUAAGUAAGCAGAUUUAAAUGCGCAAGCGAACAAGAAACAGUGUCCUAGGCCCAAGAAAACCAGACAAAAUGGGUGGGUCGAUUUCUUAGGAUCACAAAACAAACGAAAUACCGGGUUCGGUGGUAAAGGUGCCGGUUUCCAUGUAUCCUAAAGCGCUGAAAGCGAAUUCGAAACAAAACUAAAGGGAAACCCAAUAACUUUGUGUUUUGACCCGUCAAAGGAUAUGUGUAGUCCCUAGAGAAGAGCUACUGGUUCUAGAACAUAAACACUUUAAGGGUUUUCAUAGAAUUACCCAAGCUUUUAUUACUUAUAAUUGUCAGCAGACUCCACCGUCAUUUCUAGGAAUUUCCAGUCUUCUAAUCCUCAGCAAUCGACCCAUCCUACUAUAUAUAUUUAAGUCUCUCUCUUAAGUAGGUUCCGCUCCUCUUUAAAAAACGAUUAUGCUAAACGAUUUAUACAUAUAUAUAUAAAUAUACUUAAGAUUCAUGACGAUGAAGCAACAGAAUAGUGCAUGUUUUAAUAUAAAUACCCGCUACCUAUUUAAACUAUUUUUUUUUUACCUUUGUAGAUGUCUGUUUUUAAAGUUCAUGCAUUUUUUUUGUGUAGCAAUUUAACAUUAAUUAUCCUUGGUCCCCGUCUUCUUCCAAUAGUUUUUGCAGUAAAAGAAUGUAAUUUGUAAAAUCCACAUAUAUUUAUACUAUAAGCUUACAUUUACUAUUUAAAGUAAAACUAAAAACUAUAAAUAGCAAGAGGAAAUCAUGAAUAAACACUUGAAAUAAUACGAAAAGCGAGAAUAUUCUA